AACAUCACAGACUGAGAAGGCUACAAGGUAACGUAGCCUAAUGCAAAACCCGGUGUUGACGAUAAAUGUGGAUAAUUUAAUGUAGAGGAAAUUAAAAAAAAGUAUUUUCAGCGGUUAUCACUUUAUAAUGACGCAUUUAUAAAGCUAGCGGGAGCGCUAAACUGUUGGUGCAAACGUCUGACCUGAGCUCAUCUGCUGCCUGGAUUAUACUCUGAAGCCAGUGUGUGCAUCUCCUUCCAAAAUGAGCCGGGACGUUCCCAUCCACAGCUGGCCUGGCUCCUACUACAUCAAUAGUGAGAAGCGGUGGGAGAACGGGACGCUGUCGCUCACCAGAACCACGGUGCGCUUCGUUUCCAGCCAGAGUAAGGAGAGUCUUGCCAGCUUCCGCCUCUCCCGGAUCAUGGAGAUCAAAAUGGAGUCAUCUAGCUUCAUCUUCAGCACUCUCACGGUGCUGGAAGAGGGCAACGUGAAGCACUGGUUUGGCUCCCUUAAGCCCAACAGGGUGGUGGUUUAUAACGUGCUGGAGCAUUUCUGGAGAGAGCGGCUUCUUUCUCCCAGCUCAGAGGCCAGAGGAGCCGAGUCCCAGCCUUCUAAAGGGAGAGAGCUCAUCAACCUGGUGGCAGGGGCCCAGAGAAGACUGGAGGACACCGGCAGAGUCCUCAGCCAUCAGGGAGAGCAGUUUGACAACAUGAUGCAGGGACUGGAGAAGAUUGACUCUGACUUGGGGGUGGCUGACAAACUUUUAUCAGAGCUGGAGUCUCCUUCCUGGUGGCCUUUCGGUAAACUGCCCUGGAGGAUUCAGCAGGAGGCCAAGGCUGAGGACGCUGCAAGAGCUGCAGCAGCAGCUGCUGCUGCCUCAGCAGGAAGGGGGUCCAGUAAAAACAAAGUGAUCACAAGCAUCCCAGCAGUAGUCUCCAAAGGUGGAGACACAGACUUGAAGCCCGGAUGUUUGCUGGUGCUGGUGUCCGCUCUGGAGGUGCGAGACACAAACUGCCAACUCCUUCACCGCUUUGAACGGAAUGAAAUUGAUGAAAUCAGGGUUCACAGUCCCUACGAGAUUACUGUCAGACAGCGUUUUAUCGGGAAGCCCGAUAUAUGUUACAGGUUCCUGUCAGCUAAGAUGCCAGAGGCGUUGUCAGUGUUGGAGAUGCAGUACAAAAAGAAGGUGGAGUUCUCGAGUGAAUACGCGUCUUUUAAGGCAACUCCCCUGUCAUCCCCCUGUGAUGCAGAAGGGAAAAACUGGAAUGAAGAUUUGCUGCAGAAGUGCCAAGAGACAGAGCUCCCAGUGGAGGUCCCAGCAGGAGAGCUGUCCCAGUUGCAGGUGCAUGUCCUCCAGCCAUCUGUCAGUCAGGCUGAGGCCCAGGAACUGAAACAGAUGCUGAUGCAGCUGAAAAACCUUGCCCUGGAGGCGGAGACGGAGCUGGAACGGCAGGACGACGCCCUGGACGCCCUGACGAGCUCAACGGACCGAUCCACCAUGCACAUAGAGAAGCACACCUGCCGCAUGAAAAGGCUGCUGUAGUCCCCCGGCCGGAUCUGGAGACGCGCGGGGUCACCACGUCCUCCUCGUAGUCUACGCGGAACAGGUACUUUGGGAGAACACUGAACUGCAGCAGAAGGGACGCGUGUGUGUGUAUAGUCGUAGAAAUUAGAAGAUUUUACUUGUAUUUAACGGUGUAACUGCAUGGGUUCACGUGCGCCGUCAGUGAUUUCUGGAAAGUAUCACAAUAUUCACAUAACACUAAAGAUAUUCACUUUCAACACUCGCAUCAUCAGUGAUGACGACUUCAGAUAAGGACAUGCCUAAGAAAACAACUGUAUUUUCUUUUUGUGGAAAUAAGGCGAGAAAAGUUAACAUCUCCUUUCACUAGUUCAUUUGUAACCACUGAAACACGUCGCAUAAAUCAUCCGACUUCGUGAAGAGGUCCGAAUGCAUGUGUCGCAACUGCAGCUAGCGUUGCCUGCAAAUAGAGUGCUUGCAUUUUGGAAAUAGAAUAAUGAGACAAUGCACUUGAAUCGCCUCUCGGUUAAGAUUUUGUGGAAAGGAAGAAGUGCCCUGAAAACCAACAUGCGAUCAUCACUGAGGACAAAAAGGAAAUGACCUCUUAAUCAUCUCUACUCUUGGAGUCUAUUAAAUCCUGUUGAAAAUAUUUUAGGUGGGAAGCCGGUGAGGGAUCAUAUCCAUGUCAGUGCCCCAGUGAGUCACGCUGUUGUGUCACUUGACUGGGACCUGGGGAAUUACAUGAAACCUCUGCACAUGACACGUGCUGCUGGUGAUGCCAGCACGUGAAAAUAAAGGCAGAUUUGUGUUAUUGCAUCAGAUCUACCGAAGCAUGACCCCAGAAAUGUAACGCAACAGCUGUUAUUGAUCCUAAACGAAUUCCCUCAUCCUCCCACACACCAUCUACUAUAAGGUGUCUUCCGUUAUUUUCUGUGUUGCAGUAAUUCCGGUAAAAGCAACGACUGUUCGGCAUUUAUAAGCUCUGCCUCCAAUUUGAGCUGCUCAGUCGCAACAGUUUGAUGGACACACGACAAACUCAACACAGCUGAUUUGUGUUUUAUUGGAGUAAUUACAAGGUACACAAGUAUAAAUGCCUCCACCUGCAAAGGGCGCUACCGAGCUUCUGGUUACACAUGUAUCAAAGGAGACACCAUUUCGACAACUACAGGGAAGAACAGAAGGAACAAUGAGAAAGGUCGAAGUAAAUAUACACUACAUUCAGUUUGCACAAACUGAUUUCAAAUAAACUGCAUAUUGUUUCCAUUUAUUUAAUUCUAGGGAUAAACCUGACUGGAACUUUAGAACAUUUUCCAAUUAACCGUCAUCCCGGGAAAAAAUGUGUCCCUGACCAUAAACGGACAUGUUUUUAUUUUAUAACCGUUUCUCUGCUGUUGAGAACUCAUCUUUCAGGUCGUAGCUGUCACUUAUCCUCUCCCGUUUCCCUGUGGCUUAAUGCGGCAUGUCUCAAUAUUACUGCUUUGCCUCGCAUCAAGUCCAAAUGUCCCAUCAGUAUCAAUGUAGACAAGUAGACUAUAUAAAUAUUCAGCUAAGAAACCGAAUACAAAACGCUCCCUCUUGUUUUUAAAUAUUAUAAAUACUUAAAUGUUAAGAUCCGCAUCUACUGACUGUAUAUGCCUCGCUAAGAACUGUUAAUACUCUAAAUCUGUAUGAGCUGUAAAUAACUUUACGACGAAUGGCACGUGUGUCGUUGUGAUGCUGUUGUGGUCUGUUGUCACUUGUAAAUUAGCAUUUUAGUCAAAACUGAAACAUCUGUACAGACAUUAAAAAUAGCCCGAGUGCUCAUUUUUGCUGAUAAAAAAAUGAUUUACAGGUAAGUGAUUUGCAUUAAUGUUGAAAGGCAGGACUUUUACACAUAAAUUAAUAAUCAUGACCGUCAAGGACCUGCAAAUAACUUCACGCAGUGGUGAUUAACACAAAAUCUGUUUUCGGUUGGCACGUUCUCGUGCUGUUGCGCCCGUAGUGACGCAUUUAAUUUCAACCAGCAAUCAUUUCAAUUAUUGCUCUAAUUAAAGAGGAAAUUAACUGGAGAUUGGCUAGUCUGGAUUGACUAGAAGUGUGGUGGAUAUUAAGACGGAAAAACUAACAAAGGGAAUAUGAACUCAUCGUCUGGCAAUCAGCAACAAUGGGUUAGAAUUCAGGAAACCUCUAAGAUGAAUUUAUGCUACUCAAUAUACAAAUAAAAUGUUCAUGGGAAGAAUUAUAGUCCAACAAAGAAAACAAAACACAGAAUUCCCACAGAUUGGUGUUGUUCUUUUUACGCCUUUGGAGAGAAAAAAAAAAAAGAAGAAGAAAAAGCUGGAACUGUGUUACAUUCACUGCCAGAAGGGGGAGACAAAAAAUCUGCAUUGUGGCUUUAAAUAUAAAAGAAUUCCACCUGUGUUGUUAUGCUACUGUAUGUAAUGAAUGGAUUCCUUUUUAUCAGCUAGAAAGUCAUCAUCGCCAUGUAGAGUCUGUAAAAGAAUCUUAUUUGCAAUUAAAAUGAGUGAAAUGAGAA